ACGGAUGGAGACGUUUCUCUAACCAUUCGCUCGGGUUCUUCGGACACCUGCAGUGUCACCUUUUCCUCCUUACAUGACCGAGAGGAAUCGCGCAGUCGUUUGUUUCACAUGAUGGAGUCGUGCUUCAACUUCAGGCUGAACAGCAUGGAGUCCGUGGUGGUGGAGGACCUGAAGAAAGACCUCUCCGCUGACUUCUCCGCGGUUGCGUCGACCGUUUCCCAGGAUUCGUCUCUACUAGAGAAAGAACAUUUGCAAGUUUAUUUACGGAUACGCCCCUUUACAUCUGCAGAGGUCGAGCAUGGUGAAUCGCAGGAAUGCAUUGUGAUUGAACCUCCAGACACUGUUCUAGUGAAUGCGCCAAGGACAUCUCUGUCAGCGCGACUUAGUGAUAAAUCAGUUCCUCAGGCUGGUCAACAGUUUCAGUUCUCUCAGGUUUAUGGUCCACAGACAACACAGGAGGAGAUUUUCGAUGGUACAGUAAAAUGUCUGGUUAAAGAUGUCCUUGAGGGAGGAAACUCUGUGGUUUUCACAUAUGGAAUCACCAAUGCUGGGAAGACAUUCACUUUUCUAGGUCCUGAUGGCAAUGGAGGGAUUCUGCCAAGGUCAUUGAAUGUUAUAUUUAAGAGCAUUGAAGAUCACGUCUAUACACAGAUGAACAUCAAGCCUCAUCGAUGCAGAGAUUUUAUAAAAUUAACAAAAGACCAGCAGGAUGAGGAAGUGGCAAACAAAAGAAACAUUAUGCGAUUAUUCAAAGAGAGUGAUUCUCAAAGCAUGACCAGCCAGCUGAGUAGCUGCAAAUCAACACUUCUGGAAGGUAGCACCCUGGUCAACGUAAAAAGACUAGAAGAAGAAGGCUUCAAGCUGGAUGUGGAUUGCCACACAAAGUUCUGUGUUUGGGUUUCUUUCUGUGAAAUUUACAAUGAAAACAUUCAUGACCUCCUUGAACCCCUUUCAAAUGGUGCCCAGAAGAGAACUACACUGCGCCUCUCUCAGGAUGUGAAGGGUACCUCCUUUGUGAAAGAUCUCAAGUGGGUUCAAGUAAAUGAUGCAGAGGAGGCUUACAAAGUCCUGAAACUUGGAAAGAGAAAUCAGAGCUUCUCCUCCACCAAACUAAACAGUUUGUCAAGCAGAAGUCAUUGCAUAUUUUCCAUUCGGAUAAUCCGCAUUGAAGGAGAAGGAAUUCCUCGAGUCAAUACAAUCAGCGAGUUGACCUUGUGUGAUCUAGCAGGGUCAGAGAGAUGUGCCAAGACCCUUAAUAAAGGUGACCGUUUAAAGGAGGCUGGCAACAUCAAUACAUCGCUGCUAAUUCUUGGGAAAUGCAUGAGUGCGUUGAAACACAACCAACGAUCUAAGCUGCAGCAACAUGUGCCCUUCAGGGAGAGUAAGCUGACCCACUACCUGCAAGGUUUCUUCUGUGGAAGGGGAAAGGCCUGCAUGAUUGUCAAUGUCAACCAGUGUGCUUCCAUGUUUGAUGAGACCCUCAAUGUGCUUAAGUUCUCUGCUCUUGCUCAAAAGGUAAUGGUUCCCAACUCCAAGCCGCUCCCCUUCAUCCCAAGGAAAACGGUGCGUGAUGUGUCGUUCAUCAUCAACAAUGCCAACCAGAAAAGUCUCUGGGCCAAGCGCAAGAGUUCACUGAUGGCUUGGGAAAUGAGCUUGGAGGAUGUACAGGAAGAUGAGGGUGACGAGGACAUUGAGGGUGAAGAUGACAGCUCUGUGGAGGAAAGCAUAAUGGAGGAAACCAUUCAAGAGUUGGAUGAAGAGAGCUUUGAAAUUGAUAGAGAAUCUUACAAUAAACUAAUUUUAUUCACUGAGGAGCUGAAGGAAAAGCUUCUUAAGGAAGAAUCAGAAAAACUGGCUAUGGAGGCUCAUAUUCGUGAGGAGGUCACCAAGGAGUUCAUGGAGUUAUUCUCUAAAAUGGAGAGCGAUUACAGUGAACGUCUGCUCCGGGAAAAAGAAAUCAUUGAGGAGAGAGCAGAGAAACGGAUGGAAAUUUGGAAGAACUUAGUAAACGGAAAUGUUGAUUCAAAGGAAGGAAUGGAUUUCCUUGAUGGGAUGAUUGGCUCAGUACAAGAUGACCUCAUUAAAAUCAAGGAAGAUGCUGAGGCAGCACAGACUUGCCUGUCUCACUUGCCUGACCCCCAUGAGACUAUCACCAGACUUGAGAAAGAGCUCAGUGAUUUAUCUGAGGAACUCUGCAAAAACCAAGAGCUCCUUGCUCUUAAAAACAAUGAAAUAGAAAUGAAGUGCCAUGAAACACAACAGGCUAAUGCUUCAUUAGAAGAAAUGAAAAGGAACCUUGAGUCUAAGACACAGAAAUUCCAGGAGCUCAUGGAGAUGUGUCAAGAGAAGGAUGACAUGAUCUCUAAAUUGCAGUUGGCAAUGGACAUGCAGGUUGAAAGUGCCACUAGUGAUAGGCACCUUGUUGAAAGUAUCAAGGAAGAAAUACUUCAGCUGAAACAAAACUGCAGGUGUCUUAAGCAAGAUAGAGAAAGUACCCAUAGUGAGGCUAGGAAACGCAUGGCGGGUACUGAGGACGUUGAUGGACAGCCGCCCUCCAAGAAAGAAAAUCUUAAAGAGCCUCCUUUAAUGACAGAUGCUGAAAGGAGUGUCCUGCAGGCAGAAUGUACUCAAAAAGAAGCUGAGCUUGCACAGGUGCAAGAACAGUACAAAAUACUGGAACACCAACUGGAAUCUUUGAAGGCAGACUUUGAGCAAGAUCUGAUGCUAAAGGAUAAAGAAAUUGUUGAUCUUAAGCAGGAGCAGAUCUCCUUAGAGGUGAAAGUCAGUAAGCUAGUCGAUGAUCUUAAGGAACAGGCUUGUGCACAUGAUGCAGUUGUGUCUUCUUUGGAUACAAAAUGUAAGGAAAACAGCAGACUUGUCAAUGAAAAGGAAAUCAUCCUCAAGGAAAAAAAUAAGUGGCAGCAGGAUGCUGAGAGUAUGGCCAAGAAGCUCGGAGGACUAGAGUCAGAACUUCGUGAGCAGAUCAAGGAACGCGAGAAGGUUUCAGAAGACUUGGAAGCUGCUAAAGCACUCCUGAUGGAGAACAAUGAAAAUUCCAGGGAAAAAGCUAAAAUUAUUGAAUCGUUAAAACGGGAAAAUGAUAAUUUGAAAAAAGAACUAGAAGAAUCCCAAGUCUUGUCAGAACAGGGAAGCUGUAGUCAUUUCCACAGCACGAUGGAUGCUCUCCGGCAAGAGUGUGAAAAGAUGGUGAAAGAGUGUGUUCAGAAAAGCCAGCGGAUUCAGGAUCUGGAGCAGGAGGUGGGCCGCUUGCAGGGACUGGUGACAGAGGAGAAGGAGCUCUCUGGCACCUUGAGGAGAGAACUAGCUGACCUAAAGGACAAAACCCAAGCUGACCUGGGUCAUUUGGAAGCUGAGAGGAAUGCAGCUGCUCAGUUAAAGAGAAGCUACACACACCUGGAGACUGAGGUAGCUAGGCUCAAAAACAGAGUUACUGAUCUGGAGCAGCAGUUGGAGGUUUUGCAAAUUGGUGCCUCAAAGGCCGCUAAGCUGGAGGUGCAACUAGCGGAGAAGGACACCCAGUUGGCCAACCUGCAAAAGAGCCUCUCUGAGGCUCACCAAAAGUUAGAGCACAUGGAAAGUGCCUCUAUACAGGAGGCCAAACGCAAGGAGGCUGAGAGGCGCCGGGAACUACUCAAGGCGGCAGAGGAAGCCAUCGCUGAGAAGGAUGCAGAGCUGGAGAGGAAAGCAAAGGAGCUCCAAAGAUUAAAAGAAGAAGUCAUGAAUGGUUCAGACAAAAUCAAGAGUUUAAGUCUUGAUUUGCAGAGGAAGGAAGAUGAUGCAGCUGACUUAAAAGAGAAACUAUUAGAUUCCAAAAAGCAAAUACAACAAGUGCAAAAGGAGAUUGAAUCCAUGCGGGAGGAUGAAAAAACUCUUCAACGAAAAUUGAAUGACCUUGAGAAAAUGAAAAGUCAGCUUCUUAUUAAAGUGAGCGCUAAGGAGCAAAUAAUCCAGGAGAUGAGGAGUAAACAAGACAGCUGUGCAAGUUUGGAUGAAAAUCUUGAACGUUACCAGAAAGCCUGUAGUGAUCUUCAGGUCAAAGAGCGCAUGAUUGAAAACAUGCGCCUUGUCCUCAUGGAGCAGGAGGAGACUCAAGAAAAGCAAGAUCAAGUUCUUGAAGCUAAAAUUAAAGAGAUCAAGUCUCUAAACGAUGAGCUGCAGAAAUUGAAGGGGAAGAUUCCAGAGCAGAAUAUGGGUGAAUGCAAAGUUCCCAGUGAUCUGGAGGAAUGCUGUUCAAGUCAGUGUGAAAGGAGGCUACAGGAAAUGAAUGAGAUUGUAGAGAGAAUGAAGCUCUCCAAUGAGAAAUAUCAAGCUGAUAGGAAGAAGUGGCUGGAUGAGAAACUGAAUCUGAUAAAUCAGGCAAAAUCAGCCGAGGAGCGAAGGAACCAGGAGAUGAGAAAAUUUGCAGAUGACCGUGAACGCUACGCCAAAAUGCAAAUUGAAAUGAAAAAUCUCUCCCUGCAGAUAGGUGAGAAGGACGAGGACCUUAAAAAGUGGAGAAAGGAGAGGGAUGUUUUGGUUGCAGCCCUAGACAUCAAAAUAAAGAACCUCUUGUCCAGCAAUGCAGAGAAGGACAAAAAAAUUGAAGAGCUCUCAAGAAGCUGCAAUUCUCUGCCACAAGAGGCUGUAAAAGUAGAAGAAUGGCAACAUAUUUUGUCAGAGAAAGAGUCAGAAAUUGAGAAUCUGAAACAGCAACUGUUGUCGUUUGCGAGAAAAUGCAAGUCAAGCAAUGGUUUUGAAAAUCGUAACUCGUUACAGAAGCAGACUGAUGAAAUUGAAUGGUCCAAAACGAAAAGAGAAGUUUCUUUCAAGGAACCUCUGGAUGACAGAAAUAAAAUGAAAAGUGCUGGUGGCAGCAGGAAAACAUCGGAGGAAAAAGAGCCAUCCGUGCUGGACUCUUCGGAGGUCUCCACAGAGGAUGGGCAGGCGACCAGCCGCUUCCCAAAACCUGAGCUGGAGAUCCAGUUUACACCACUGCAGCCCAAUAAGGUGAACAUCAAAAGACAAGGAGGGGACUCCCCGGUCACAGUCAAAAUCACUAGGGCUGCGAAGAAGAGAAAGAGCAGCGAAAUGGACAAGGAUCCAGUGGAGAGUGAGAAUAAGAAGAACAGCAAAAGAACUGCAAACUCCAGGAUGACAGAAGACUGUGAGAAGUCUAUGCCAAGGUACAGUAGAACUGCAGGUCGUUUGAGGCAGGAGGAAUCUCAGUCAAGUGUAAAGGCCAAGAAAGAUGGAACUCUGCAGAAAAUUGGAGAUUUCCUCCAGAGCUCCCCAACUAUCCUAGGAUGCAAAGCUAAAAAGAUCAUGGAGUUGGUGAACUCUAAAUCACCUGAAGCAGAGGGCAAUACAGCAGAUGCUUUGAAAUCAAGGAAGUCCAAACGCAAGCUGUAUAAGACUGAAAUCUCCUCUCCUCUUGACAUCCCAUCUCAUCCCAUCAUCAGUCUUGAUCACGAGGACAGAGAAAGUGAUCAUCUCAUUAUCAAAAGAAGACUGAGAACAAGAACAGCAAAGAAGUGAUUCCUUCUGUCAGCCUGGGAAAGGAACAGUGAUACUUUUUGAAAGCAGUUUUUAAUCAAUUAGAUCUGUCAUUCAAAUACUGUGUAUUAAUUUGCAGAAUUAGUUGUACAUGAUAGUUGAAUAUAUCCAGCAAGUUUAGUCAUUGCAACAUUAUCAGCAUAUUUUACCUGCUCCCCUACCUUAAAGCCAAUAAUUUUGUGUUUCUUCCCCUAAAUUGGCUGUAUUGAUGUGUACCUCAUUUUAUUUGUAAGCAUAAAGGGACUGAGUAUGCUGCACUGUGCCUCUGUUAAUCUGCCUGGUGACAUUUUCCUUUCUGUUAUUUUGUUUGUCCUCCUUUGUACAAAAUAUAAUCG